CUCGAGUUACCUGGCUCUCAGCUCCGGGUCCCCGAGCCCCGGCGGCAGCAUGAACGGCGAGGAGCAGUACUACGCGGCCACGCAGCUUUACAAGAACCCGUGCGCGUUCCAGCGGGGCCCCGCGCCGGAGUUCAGCGCCAGCCCCCCUGCUUGCCUGUACAUGGGCCGCCAGCCCCCGCUGCCGCCGCCUCCAUUCCCCAGCACCCUGAGCGCGCUGGAGCAAGGCAGCCCGCCGGACAUCUCCCCGUACGAGGUGCCCCCGCUUGCCGAGGACCCCCCCGUGGCACACCUCCACCACCACCUACCUGCUCAACUCGCGCUACCCCACCCGCCCGCUGGCCCUUUCCCGGAUGGAGCCGACCCAGGCGCCCUGGAGGAGCCCAGCCGCGUCCAGCUGCCUUUCCCGUGGAUGAAGUCUACCAAGGCUCACGCGUGGAAAGGCCAGUGGGCAGGCAACGCCUACUCCGCAGAACCCGAGGAGAACAAGCGGACGCGCACCGCCUACACCCGCGCGCAGCUUCUGGAACUGGAGAAGGAGUUCCUAUUCAACAAAUACAUCUCUCGACCCCGCCGGGUCGAGCUGGCUGUCAUGCUGAACUUGACGGAGAGGCACAUCAAGAUCUGGUUCCAAAAUCGCCGCAUGAAGUGGAAAAAAGAGGAGGACAAGAAGCGCGGCUGUGGAACCGCAGCCGGGGGUGGCGGGGACGGGGAGCCCGAGCAGGACUGCGCGGUGACCUCCGGCGAGGAGCUGCUGGCGCUGCCGCCGCCGCCGCCCCCCGGGGGAGCUGUGCCACCCGCUGUCCCUGUUACAGCUCGGGAAGGCCGACUGCCGCCAGGCCUUAGUGCAUCACCGCAGCCCUCCAGUGUCGCGCCCCUACGGUCCCAGGAACCCCGGUGA